AUCAAUUUGAAUUUCAGCAAAUUAGGAAAAUAUUUUUUAAAAAAACCCUCACAGGACCUUUAAAUAAAUGUAUUGAAGUUCCAUUUGUGAGUGAUAUUAGAGAAAAUGAAAUAGAAAAUCAUUUAAGUCGACCUAAAAUGUAAACAUGUAUUUAAUAAGGCUGCUGAGUGGGACUGGCCAUGACGUGCACGUGACGCUGCAGCAACUCCCACCCCGAGGUUCACCCAUAACACCGGAGCCGUCCUGACUCCUGCUCUGAUUUUCAUCUUCGGACCAGCUGAGAGACGGUGUAGAGGAGAAAAAAACCGGUAAGAUAUAUAUUUUUAAAAGUCAUUAAAGUCAGUCUCGUGGUGAUUUUGCAUGCACGCGCCGGCGUUAGUAAAGCCAUAAAGGCGCUGGAUGAAAAAAAGUCAGAGUGUGAUGAAAAACCUCCAAAUAUCACGCUGUGUAAUCCUCAUAUUAAAAUAUAAUAAGACCGUAAACGUAUCACAUAGUUUACAGUUGACUGUUUCAAUACAUCGAGUUUUUUUUAUUAAAGAAAAAAUAAUAAUUUGAUCAUAAAUCAAAUUAUUGCAUUCAUUUUUUAUGGCUGGGGCCGUCCUAUGCAGGUUUUUAAUUAUUUAGGCUGAUGUAUAGUAAAGGGGGCUGAGAUGAUCACAUUGGUAGUAGUGAUUAUUUUGAGUAAGCAAGCCUUAAUGUGGGUUUAAACCAUAGACUGUAUAUACUAUAUACAGUCUAUGGUUUACACUGGAGUGCAGUAUUAAUAUGAAAAAGCUGUUUUAACGUGGUCCGUACGUUUUUAUGUAUCACUCAAAGUACUCUCACACUGUCUUUUUGCAAAUUUUAUGCAACUGAAUUGAGAAAAGUGCAAGAACGUUUUAGAACUGCAACAAACUGAUGGAUAUGACUAUUGAAUGACACCUUAUUGAGGAUGCUGUAAGUAAAAGCACCUUAAAUUUAUGAUUUAAAGGUAUUCAGUACUUAAAAACCCACUGAGCAUUUUUGAUCUAAAAGAGGUCUAAAUGUAGCCUAGAUGACUGGUCUAAAUCAGGCUACCACAGGUCUAAAAAUGAAAAAUUUUCAGACAUUUAAAUUUAGACCAAGUCUUAAUCCGGGUUAUAUCUAUACUACUCUGUAUAUUACUUAAUGGCUUUCAUAAUUAUUUUGGUUAAGUACUUGGAAAUCAGUUGCUUUUUGAAACAAAUAGUUAUCGAAUAAUUGGUUAAAGUGCAACAUCUAAAUUCUAUCUAAAAAUAUACAGAAUCUAGACGGUUGAAAUUAGGUCUAAAAAAAAAAAAAACAUGACGUCUAAUAGUCGUCUAUUGCUCAGUGGGAAGCUGUAAAAAGAGUUUCUGUUGUGUUUUGACCUUUUCAACCAUGUUGUUAAGUUUAACAUGAGAUACCCAGCUCAGACAGGAUCGUAUAAAGGUUUUAGUCAUGUUGUGACUCAUGGAAACUCAAAUGGAGAAGUUCUUAAAGCUUGAACUUAAAACUAGUAAGGUGUUUUCAUUUCACACUGAAGCGUUAAACAGCUUAAGACACAAGAAUUCAGCAGCAGUUACUGUAAUUUCUCCGGUGCAUUCAUGCAUCUCUGACCAAAACACAUAAGCAGUGGUAUGACAGAAGUUAAUCUCCUGCCAUAUGUGCCCGGUUAGAGGACUGAGCUGCUGGAUGUUGGCUCAAGUUGAAAGGAAACCCUGGUGGUCUUAAUUUUGACAAAUGUGGAAUAAUAUCUGAGGCAGUAAAUAGUUCAGUUGUAGCAUAGAUUAGAUAUUUUUCAUUCGGGUGUUGUUAAUUGUUAAGUUUUGCCUCCUUUAGGCAUUUUCUUCUCCGGAGCUGAUAGUGAUUUUUUACCGUGUCGUAUGUGAUUCAUUCAAGUAUGACCGAAUGGGUUUUAACAGCCGCAGAGGCCUCAGGGUGUCUAAACCAUUCCUCUGUUUUUCUUUCUGGUCCAUCGGUAAUCCUGCUCUCAUGUGCUCCUUAUACACUGUAAAUUCCACAGAUAACUUGUAUUUUUUGUAAGUGAUACUGACCUGACUCUACCCAGAAUUGCACUAAACUUCUGUGUCAACCGUUAAAAAUUUCAGAAUUUUCCCACCAUUACUCUUUUGGUAUUUCCUCUAAUGUUCCCAGCAUAUUUACACUGUACAGGGUCAGUCUUGAGUGCUUUCGCCAUAAAUUUGUGUCCAACCCGAACAGAUAUCUCUGGUAUGAAGAGGUCACAGGGUCGUCAAAGUUUUAUCCCCUGUUGUCAGGGGUGACAUAAAGAUUUAAACCUGCUUGCCUCCAGGUUCUUUCUGCCAUUCGCGGCCUUAUUAGCAGGACCCGAAGGAGUUCUUCGGUGCUGAUUGAACCCUGAGUGAUAUAAACCCUCUCCAACCUCUCUCCACUUCUAACAGCGAGCCUUUGUACCUAAUCCCCGCACCCUCAGACCCAAACCAGAUUUUACUCAAGACGAGACCAGGCAUCUAUCAGACAGCUCAAAGCUGGAGAGCUAAUCUCAAGCUUUCCUUUCAGAGUACAGCAUAUCAUUAUUCGCUAUACAGUAGCGCUGCUGCUUUGAAAAGGUUAAUUAAUGCAAGGCCAUUAACGAGAGAUUCGGUCUUUCACGAAUGGUUUCUAAUGAUAGUCUUUCAUGUAAUUUAGCUGCAUCUCAAGAGCUGGGCGGUGCGAAGAAAUACUAACGAUGCUAAUGAAAAAAAGGCAAAUCUUUGUUGUUGUUAGUGGACGGAGUAACUUCAAACUUUUUUCAGGACUUAAAGGUGGGGUAGGCAGGAUCUGAGGAAGUGCCAGUUUUUGGGAGAAAUCUGGAAUGUAAACUCUACCCCUCCUAUCCAGUUUUCCCCCCAGCUCCUCCUCUCCCCUCCCUCUCUGCUCCAGCAAGCCCCGCCCACAAACAGACGCUCCUGCUCGCUCAUAUCGUUUCAAUUAAAUUCAGAUAUAAUGCAGAUAAAUACUUCAGAUAAUUACAAAUGGAGCACAGUCAGUAUGAGAGUAAAAAGCAUCGGUGCUACUGUAGAUGCCAACAGACUACCAGCAAACACAAUGUUUGCAGGACUUCUACAAAAUAGCAUAAAGUGACAUAGUCCAGGACCCGAGGUUAACAGUUUAGCGGCGCUUCAAUACGCAGCAGGUCCCAUUUGACAAGAAACACUUCUGUUUCCUGUCCAGCAGAAAAGUUACUAGGUCCGUAAGAUCCCAAAGCGUCCCCCAUCAUUGUUGAUCCGGCUUUUUUAGCUCUUGUCCGGGUGGUCUACCUCGUUUUCAAGCGCCUGUUAUUCUGCCAGAGUCUGUGGUAUCUACUUAGUUUUCUUGCUUGUGUUGGCAGUUGUGGCUAAAGGAGGAUUCAGACAAUUUUCCAUACUUUCUGUUUGGUUUCUACUGUCUGAUAUUGUAGCACGCUAACUUUGUUUGGGCUCCUGAGCAACACGAGGGAGCAGCGUCUGCCUCACAACCAAUCAGGUUGGGGAAGGUGGAGAAUGGCUUUGUUUACAGUCAGAAAGAGCAGAGCGCUCUGAAAUUUUAAAAUGUUGACUACACACAGACAUAACAAAACUCAGCGAAAUCAUGAUAUCAUGAUAUCAUGUCAUCAUGUCAUCAAUAACUAAUGGCUAUUGACUGAUAUUAAAAGCUUUUUUGUAUAUACACCACAAAAAAAGAUGGUUCUUUAACGGAUUCCUGCCUACCCCACCUUUAAACUUUACAGUUAAAUUUAACAACCAACUUUUUUAGGGCUAUCUGCUGAUAGUGCGUUAAAAUUAUGGCAGCAAAUUUUUGUUAGCAAUUUUGAAAAAUUUGCCCUCAAACUCGAAUAAUACUUACAAAACCGCAAACUUGACAUUUGGUGAGACAACUUCAUUUUUCACUUAAAAUGAUAGAAAUGGAGAUUAACAUUUAUCGAACCAUUCCUUUAUUUACUAUAAUGUUGUUAUUUUUUAUUGUUAUCAUAUUUUCUGCCCUCUCUGUAUUGCAAAGUUUUCAGCCUUAGCUCAUAGUCUGCAUUGUUUACAGCUUCUGAUGUAAUAAAAUGUAUAUUUUAAUUUGGCUAAAUUUUAAACAACGUCAUUAAUGCUUGUCAUGCCGGAGUCAAAGUACAUGGUGUGCUGUACUGGGCAGUUUUGUACAGUAUAGUUAUUCAGUCUGCAGCAAAAACAUAGAUCGGUUAUUGGAGCAUGCAUAAUGCAAAGAAAACAAGCAUUUACAACCACACAGUGAGCACAAUGCCCCAGGAUAACACAUAAAGAGUCAGGGGGAUCUGAACUCAUUGCUGAUGUUAACCAAAUAUAUGGAUGUCAAGUCAGAGCCUAAACCAGGUCAUCUGGUCUUUAAUCUACUGACUGACAUCUCUGUGGAUCUGAGGCGAUUUUCGCUAGCGAGCGUGAGGAUUCAAUGAAUAAAUGUGAGUGUUAUUUUGUCUCAUCAAGGGAAAAGACUCAAAUCCCGCCAAUCAAAUCAGAUCAGUUAUAAAAGGUGUACAGGCAUGUGUUACCUCUGCCUGUUGACACCGUGGCAGAAAUACUCGCCUCUGCCAGCGGUAAACAAUACACACAAAGAGAGAGAAAGAGAACGGGAAAGUAGAAGGAGCUAAAUGAAAGAAACAUCCAUUGAAUUGAAGAAAACAGAUGAAAACAGUCUCAGAGAUGUACGAGCAUAGCCUCAGUCUCCUGGCCUCAUGUAAAUAGUUGAGAGCAGUGGUUCUCAAGUCCAGUCCUCGAGGUCCACUGUCCUGCAUGUUUUGGAUGUUUCCCUGCUCCAACACACCUGAUUCAAAUGAUCAGCUCGUUAUCAAGCUCUGUAAUGGCUUAAUAACGAGCUGAUCAUUUGAAUCAGGUGUGUUGGAGCAGGGAAACAUCCAAAACAUGCAGGACAGUGGGCCCAAAAAGCUUUUAUGUUUUUUUUCUGUAAACUGUUGUGUCCAUUAGCUGUAGUUUUACUGGUUUGACCCCAUUUUUACCUUAACAGACUUGCAAGAUUUGUGGCCUCCUAUCUCUCGAUCUACAUUUCUCUAUGGUCAAACAGAUUGUCUUGUGACUACAGCGAGUCACGUUAAAAAAGGAAAAACAGGACUUGUCUCUUAUAGUGUUUCCCCUAUCUCAUUGUCUUAUCACUUAUUCACUUUAGUCUUAAUACAAUCCAGCAUAGCAUCCAAAAUAAGAGCACUGCAUUCAAUUUAUGAGCAAAAAUGAGGCAUCUUUAUUACGGUGACAUUUCUGUAAUUGGCAUUUCUAGCCUACAUGAAUGGCCUCUUAUAUGAAAUAUGGCCUCUGAUCUCCAGUUCAUUACCUAAAGGCCUAACAUGCACGCUUGUGUAAUGGAGCAAUGAAUCUCAUGAGACAAAAGACCUGGUUUUGAAUCGACAAAGAAGAAUCUCCUGUUCAGGGGGGUCAAAAACAAUACACAUGCUGACCGAGCGUAAACCACGAAUGAAACAUUGCGAGACAACAAUAAACAUAUGGUGAGCGAGGGCUAAUGGGUAAAUUCCCAGGUGGCCAAAGUGGGGAAUAAUUGAAACAUAAGUCAUGAUUAUGUCAAAGUGACAAUGUUAAUAGUUAAAACAGAUGCCCUGUGGCUCUUUGAUGCAAUUUAAAAUCUGGGCUGGCGGCAGGGAGUUAAUGCUUUGACUUAGCUGGUGGCCGGGUUCCUUUUGUGGUGUAAAUAAUGAAGCGAGCUCACAGCACACACAGCUAAUCGCUUUACAAGACCGACUCUUUCUAUUUUUAGGUGUCAGAUUUGCUUUGUUUUUCAGAGACGGAUAUGUUUAAUAUAUUUCAAAGGGUUUUGCUCAGUUAUCUUUGGGUAUUUUUAGUUUGAUCAUGUCAUUUUUCACCCAGACAGACAAGUGCAUGAAGACACCCUGGAGGGAUGGAGCCCUGGCCAGCAGUGGCCUGGAUCCUGCUAAUGACCAGCUUUGCUGAUUGGCUAGAAACAGUUUAUUCACGGGACUUCACCAUGAUGGAUAUCAUCCUUAUGCAUCCUUCAAGUAAAAGCACGAUAUUGAUAUUUGCACUAUAAAUUCCUUAGGCUACUUAAAAGUGAAUCCAAACAUUUAACUAUAAGGAAACUCAUUGUUGUCAUGCGAUUUAAUGAGGUGUAAAAAAGUGUAUUUUAAAAAGUAAAGUGUCUUUCCAUGCUCCACAGCUACACCUCAUCCCGGUGGCUUCAAGUGCUUCACAUGUGAAGACGCUGCAGAUAACUACGAGUGUAACCGCUGGGCUCCUGAUGUUUACUGUCCUAAAGGUGCAUCUUUUACUCAGAUACUUACUGUGCAAAUGAACCAGGUAAACAUCUAAUUCCAAACAUCACAACCUUAGACAAACGUCCUCAUAAAGACAACCGAUACAGCGGUUGUCACUUUACCCAAAAGUUACACCACAGAAAAAAAAGUGUUUCUCAAGUGGGGUACGGGGUGGGGGUGGGGCAAGGGCAUACAGGGAAGGAAGUAAUGCACUAGAAAUAAGGAGUGUCCAAUGUAUGGUAUCAUUUAUUCUAUAAUUAUCAUUACUAUAUCCUACCACAUUUAUUUAUGUACUUUAUUUCAUUAUAUGUACAUAUAUUUAUAUAUAUGUAUAUUAUGUAUAUACGUUAUUCUAUUAUUUAUUUCUUAUUUAUUUCAUUUUGAUUACUUAUUAUUACCAUUUUACUAUUAUUAUUGCUUUUUUUCUUUUCCUGCCACCUAAUUUUAUUUAUUUAUUUAUUUUUUAUUUAUUCAUUUUUCUUUUCUCUGCUCUAUUAUUGUAGUAGUAAUUAUUUUUAUAAUUUUUGUUAAGUCAUGACGCUUACUCUUUACUCUUUCUUCUUUCACUCUUUCCACAACAAGCAUCACAAUCUUUAAAAAAAGGCGGAGAUAAAGAGGGAACAUUCUCACCCUACAAACACACACACUUCACCACACACAUAAAAACACCCACCCACCCACACUUAAUUAAACACAGUCUUACAACACUUUCUAAAUGUAUGUAAAUGUUAUGUGUUCCUGCUGUAUUUGUCACUUUGUUGUGUCUCCACUGUUUGUUUGCACUGUAUAUAUGUUGUCAACCACCUGUCACGAUCUGUCUUGCAUCACCUAAUAAAAAAAAAGAAACAUUUAACUCUCCAAUCUCUCUUCAGUAAAAGUGUAUUAUUAUUAUUAUUAUAGAGUUAGUCAGAGAUUAAAGAAAUAAAGUGUGACAUGUCUUCCAGAUGCCAAAUACUGCUACACUCUCCAUAUGAUGGAUAAAAGUGGAGAAAGUGUGUCCGUGACCAAGAGGUGUGUGUCCUUCAAGGACUGUCUGUACACUGGCUGUGCUCAAAUCCCUGAUAAUGGCAAUCAGGUAAUUUACAGCUGCGAUUUUGUCCUUAAAUGAAUCAUUAAUAGUGGAUAAUAUUAAAUAUAUUUUCAUCUCUACCAUCAGGUGUGUUCAUCGUGCUGCGAAGGAAACAUCUGUAACCUCCUGGUGCCGAGGAACGAGAGCAGCGCUGUUUUCGCCUCGUCUUCCCCUCUGGUCAGCUCCAGCAGCAGACUUUUACCCACAAUGCUGAGCUGGAUCAUAAUCAGCGUCAGUGUCUUAAUAGCUGGGCAUGUUUGACAGAGAAAGUUUUGGGGAUAACUUUGAUAAAAAAAAGUAGUUAAGUUUUCUAAAUGCAUUUUGUACUUUUAUCCUGUUGUCUAGAAAAAUUAGAUUUACUGUCAUUUGACUGAUGCUGCAUCAUUUUCCACUCUUACACUGUAAAUAUGUUUCAGUAAUUUAUGCAAAGUAUCAGUAUUAUUGAGCAGAUGUUAACUGUUUUUACAUCUUAUGUCUGUUUUAAAGCAUGUCUAGUUGAUCAACAUAUUGUAUUUAAUAAAUAUCCUUUAAAUACUGUUAUUUUGCAGUAGUGAUGGGCACUGCAGUUCUUUUAGAUGUACUGAAUCACUGGAAUUAGUACACUAAAAAGAUGUGUUCAAAAGAUUCGUUCACCAAAUCACAGAAUCAUUUAGCGGGAGAAGCCUGUGACUCCAACCUCCUGAACUGAUACACAGCUGAUGAACUGAAAUGAACUUGUUUAUAAAUUGUUUUAUAAGAUGU